CACAUGUCUCGUAUUUAUUUUUUUUUAACGCGAAUUUUCAACCUUAGUAUCAGAUUUUAUUUAUUUGAUUUUUUAGAUUGAACUCCAAACAAAACAAAAAAAUAAAUUUAUUUUUUUUAAUAAACAGAAUUCCUAUAAUGGAAAGAAAUUACAAAGAAGACCAGCAAAAUGAAAUCGAAGCUCUAGAUUCAAUUUAUUGUGGUGAUAUGGAAAUUGUCACAACAGAACCAUUUCAUCAAUUCAAAAUACCUAUUGCGACAGAAGGAUACAGCGAUGAAGAACAAAAUGGUAUUAAAGUACACUUAAUAUUUACCUUUACCGAAAAGUAUCCAGAUGAAGCUCCAGAUGUAGAUAUUGAUGAUUCUAUUAAUUUAGAAGAAGAAUCACAUCAAAAAUUGCUGAAUAAUAUAUCAGAUACUAUUAAGGAAAAUAUAGGUAUGGAAAUGAUAUUCACUUUAGUUAGUACAGCUCAAGAGUGGAUAAAUGUUCGUUGGGAUGAAUUAAAAAAGGAAGAAGACAUGGAAAGGCAAAGAAAAGUGCAGGAACAGGAAGAAUUAGAGAGGAAAAAGUUUGAAGGAACACGUGUAACUGUUGAGUCUUUUAUGAAAUGGAAAUUAAAUUUUGAAGAGGAAAUGGGUAUAUCUUUGAAAAGAGAAAAAGCCAAUUCAGAUGCCAAAAAAUUAACGGGCAAAGAGCUUUUCCUUAGAGACAAUACUCUUAAUGAAUCCGAUAUCAAAUUCUUAUUAGAAGCUGGUGAUAGUAUAGAGAAUGUUAGAAUUGAUGAAUCGUUGUUUCAAAAUAUUGAAGAUUUAGAAUUCGAAUCAGAGGAUGAAGAUGAUGAAGAUUACGUUCCGGGCAAAGAUAGCUAAAUUUUGUUCAUUUAUAUAAAUUUAUAUAAAUUGAAUCUAGAAAUUAUUUAAUGGAUUAUAUUUGAAUAAACCUUGGCAUUUUAUAAUAUAAAAUUAUUCAAUUAUGAAAAUUUUGUAUCAUUUCUGAAAAUUUUCGUGAUAUAUUGAAAUUUAAUGUUAAAUUAUAUUUGCAAUCAAGCAAUUUUUUGGUGAACAAGAGAAAACUUUAAUUAUUAAAU